UCUAAUGUGAUCGUGCCGUUAAAACAUUCAAUUAGCAUCCCCAGAGAACGUUUGUUUUUACGCUCAACAGUCAGUCUGAGUGCCUUGAGGGUGAAGUUGGCGCCACGAAAGAAAAGAAAACAAUACAAUACGGGCCGUUUUUGUAUUCUAAUUUAUUUCGGUCAGUUUCGGCUUAAAGGCUCAACAGCUCUACUACACUUAAUGAAAAUAAAUCGGUGUCAAAAUAAAUAAAUAUAUAAGUAAUUCAGUGCGACAAAAUUGGUUGGUUUUCUGCACAACAAAAUUUAAAAAUAAAACGAAUAAACGACGAUCGAGCAGAAGAAACUAAACGACAUCAACGGACAACGGACAACGGAGGAGGGCGGCGCGGUGCUGUGAAGUAUAUAAUUUUAUUUUGUGUAGAUCAAGGUAUAUACUCGUAUAUAUAUACUGUUAAAUACAUAGAGUGACGACGACACUUUAAACGUAACAUAAAUAAUCUAAAAGAGGAUUAGAUAAUCAAAGCAGGAGGAUUAAAAUUACUAUUAUUGAAAGUCCCUAAACAAUCAGCAUAAUGAUGGUAUCAUAGAAAUAAUGAUAUAUGUAAAUGAAAAUAUUUAACACCACUUUUAAUCCUAUGAUACAACAAGACAAAAAAAUCCAUGGGAAAUGGUAACUCAGGGGGAUGUUAAUUAUGUGCGUCAAAUAGUACAAGGCAUUUUGGUGCCUUGCGUUGUUGUGAUAGGGCUUCUGGGAAACUCUGUUAGCAUAGUCGUUUUGACAAGAAAACGUAUGCAUAGUACAACCAAUAUUUAUUUGGCUGCUCUUGCUGUAACCGAUGUUAUAUAUUUAACAACAGUUCUAUUUCUGUCAAUGGAACAUUAUGAUACUGUUCAUUUAAAUUAUGAAAUUUACUGGAAGGUGUAUGGUCUUGUAAUUUGGCUGUCAGAUGGAUGUGCUUACAUUUCAAUAUACAUCGCAGUAUGUUUUACGAUAGAACGUUUCGUUGCAAUACGAUAUCCUUUGAAGAGGCAGACAUUCUGUACAGAUUCUUUAGCAAAAAGAGUAAUUGCAGGGGUUGCAAUUUUUUGCCUUCUUUCAACAAUUACAACAGCCUUUGAGCAUAAGGCGGAAAGUGUUCAAAAACUAAUGGACAAUACUGGCAAAUGGUGUGAUGAAGCAAUACUUCCUAGUUCUUUUGUAAAUACAAUACAAAUCCAAGAAAACAUUCCAAACAAUGAAUCGCAAAUUGAAAACUCAGUUGGCACGUUCGCCCAAUCAUGGCAAAACAACAACAACGUAACAACGGAUCAUUACAACUCAACUGAAAAUCAUCAUUGUCAUAAUGUCACUUUUUAUCAACACGGCUCAUCAAGUCUCAGUGCAAAUGAGACAUAUAUCAAAUAUUUUUUCUUUUUUACAUCAACAGUUUUCGUAUUCAUCCCACUGACCAUCUUGGCAACAUUUAAUUUUAUUCUUAUCGUCUUAGUUCGUCGAUCGAAACAUCGCCGUGGUGAAAUGACAAAUGCUAGUGUUCGUCGAUCAACAAUACGCAAAAGCUCAAAUAGUGUAUCUCAAGAAAAUCGAGUAACAGUCACCCUGAUUGCAGUGGUGAUCUCUUUUAUCAUAUGUCAACUACCAUGGGCAAUAUAUCUAAUAGUAGCUGAAAUAAUACAAAUCGAAAAUAAUCUCAGAACGAUAAUUGGAAAUAUUUUCAAUUUGUUAGUUGCACUCAAUGCAGCCUCUAAUUUCUUUCUGUACUGCGUUCUAUCGGAUAAGUAUCGCAAGACUGUGAAAGAAUUAAUUGUAGGUUAUAAAUAUAAAAAAAGAAAUAUGAGUACAAGUACGAGUUAUGCGCCAAGCACAAGGAGGUAUCGGCCUGCCUUACAAAUGAAAAAAAGUAAUCCUUAGGAUAUUUGUGCCCAUUGGAGAAGGCGAAGAAGGAGUUAAAAUACUACGUAAUACAUUAUUUAUAAGACCGUGCCGAAUAUGCUCUGUUUGUUGUGCCAUGUGAUUUUUACGGUGUCAUCAGAUAAUAUUUAGCUAAUGCUAUGUUAAUUCCAAAGCCAAAUUUUCUAAAGCCCAAAUUGAACUUUAGUUUUAUUAACCAUGAUUACAUACCACGGCUGUAAACAUAAAAGCUAUGUUUACCUCUUUAAGAGGAGGUUUUUUGUCAUCUACAUACAUUUUAAAUCUGAUUAUCAACACAAAAAACACAGUUUGUCUUUUCCAUUCCCUGAUGAAAGCUUAAAUUUUCAUUGAAAGUCGAUCUCGUUUUCCUUCGGUCAAUCUCAAAAGGUUUAAUAUUCGCGUUGCUAAGUUUAUAGUGUAUAUUUUAUGGAACCUUUCAAAUUUUAAAGAGGUUUAGGUACUACGGAUAUAUUUAUCAUUUUAGAUAAAUAAAGCAAUCUUUUUUAAUCAUAAGUUUAUCUACUUUGACAUUUGAUUAACGCUUAAGAACUUAGCUGGCCAAGUAUAACUCCUGAAAGUAAAAUUGAUUGCUUGACGAUUAAUCACUUAAUUAGAAUAAGCUGCGUACUUUUAAACUUUACUUGUGUUUCAAAAAAUUAAUAGCAGAUAAUUGUAAACACUUGUUUUACAAAACAGUCGCGCUAUAAUAAAAUUCGCAUUGAUUAGUGGAAAUAUUUUGAUGUAAAAACUAUUAGCCUUACUAGUUUUAUUCUGAGCUAAAAUAACGUUUUGCCAUACAUUCUAUAAGUAUGAUCUUUUGCGUGCCGUUUUUUUUUCUACCAACAGCUUUAUGAUUUUUAUCAAAUUUUCAAAGGUAUCGAAGUUACAAUUGGACUCCUUUAAACUGGUGUUUAUAUUUAAAAUAAAUAUCAAAUCCAAAAAUUAUGCAUACUUAAUUUAAAAUGUUUAAGAACAUAAACAUAAUUAGUUCAAUACUGUGGCUAUGGAUUAAGUGCAUGCUAUAUUAUCUAUUUUAUGACACCGAUCUUAAAUAAGUGUUGUUAGAUGUAGAUUAUAUUUUUUUAUUAUUAUUAUUUUAUGAUUUAAGAUAUUUCAAAGUAGAAUGUAAAACAUGCAUACAUACAUUUUUUUAUAAAAAUAAUAAAUUUGUAAUUGUUAUAAAAAGUUAAAAUAAAAUAGCAUACGCAUACAACAUUAAUUAAAUAAAUAUAUAACAAAAUAGAUUUUAAGUGAUAGAACAAAUAAAUGAAACCAUUUGUAAACUAAAAACAGAACA